AUGGUCAAACUCUUGAUCCCACCCACAAAGGCCAAUAUAAGGCCAACUGCAGAUAUAUCUUCCCGAGAUGUCCCUCCUGAGCAUAGCCCAGCGUCGGGCAAGGUCUUCAAUAUGGGGGUGAUUGUCACGGGCAAUGAUGUUCACAUUAGUCCCUGGACACACGCUAUUUAUGUCGGCGAGGGCGCCGCUAACGUUCUAUUCAUCCCGUUCUUAUAUGCCAAGCAUGCGAGGCAGGACAAGAAAGACAGAACUGAGGACGACCUAUUGACAAAAUACCUCUUGAGAGUGCCCAAGCAACCCAAGGAUGGCGAUAAGCCAUUCUAUCCGCCACUGGAGCAGUGGGAGUAUUUCUGGAACACCAUUGCUCCUCUCUUCACCUACCGUGCGGAUAUGCUGGCGGACAUGAAGUUUGCAUUCCUCCCGAAAGAUGCUGUCAAACACAUGCAGAAUGUACUAGAUGCGUUGAACAAAGCACCGGCAGGAGCGAAACAGCGACCAGCCAAGUUCCGAGAUAACAAAGUCAUGAAUCAAGCAACGGCGUGCUUGAUCGAAAGCAUGCGCGCGCGGAGCAGCGACGAGCGCGUCGUCGAAUUCAAGCCAAAGUGGCUGGCCCAGUCGCCAUCUGCGCCAAAGACGGCCAAUACCUGUCGGUGCUGCGCCCUCGCGGCCAAGAAGUUCACCGAUUCCAAGGACGCGGGCAGCGGCCCGCGCUACUACCCGUGUCCCCUCUGGCUGGAUCCCCAGCGAGUGGCGCCCAAGGGGAAAGAGGAAGUGCGUCAGAAAGCUCUCGCUAGCUUGUUCCAGUACAGCAUCUCUGGAGACAAUAAGCACGCCGCCACCCUGUACGGCCUGCUGGAGAAGACGUCUAUCCUCACCUUGCUGAAGAAGCACCAGACUCAGAAGGAUCCCCGCGGACCUUUGAACGCGAGCAAGGAUGACGAGGGCUUUAGCAUCGCCAUGACGCUGCGAGACUGCUCUCUCUACAUGCGAUACCGCGUCGAGAAAGACGGCCCGGGCGAGACUGUGGUUGCGGAUUCCUUUGAAGCCAAACUUGCCGAUCUUGAUAAAAAGAACGUUUCUUGGAAGUUCAAAGAAUGGCAAGACAAGGAGCGCGCCUUGAUCGACGAGGGCUGGUACACCGGCCGCGGAAAGAUGGUGAACUGCGCCCUCCAGGGCUGA